UGUAUGAGAACGACAACGUAAGGCGUAUCGAAACUGAAAGUUCCGUUUCCAUGAAUUCCCAGUGACGAAAAAGGAUGUGUAUAGGCCUGUAUAAGAUGUGUUCUCUCCGGCAAAAACCGACAAACACUGCAGUACAGACUGAAGAUACAAAUGUGUACAACCAUAGGGAUACUGCUUUCGGUGAACUAUAGGGAAUAGAAACAACAGCAGCUAGGAAACAGAACGUGUGGGCAGGUCGAAGAUCGGCUUUUAUAGCUGGUUGGCCGGAUACAUUGUGGCUGGAUACAUACGAUGGAUUCCCCCGCUGAUGUGGCAGUCGUUGGGUUGGGUUGCCGAUUUCCAGGAGCAGAUAACUUGGACGAAUUUUGGAGAGUGUUAUCAAAGGGAGAGAACCAUGUGAUAGACGUGCCGCCGGACAGAUGGAAUGUGGAUGCCUGGUAUCAUCCAGAUGACCCGGGGAAAACAUACGCUCGGAAAGUCGGCAUUGUGCAUGGACACGAUGAGUUUGACAAUCGCCUGUACGGAAUCAGCGAAUCAGAGUCCCUAAAGAUGGACCCUCAGCAAAGGUUUGUGCUGGAUUCCGUCCAUAUGGCGCUGGAGGAUGGUGGGUUUACCAGGGAACAGCUUCGGGGCAGUAAAACUGCUGUGUUUAUCGGGGCGAUGAAUUCGGAUUAUUCCAAUGUGUCCGGCGACGACAACGAGCAGACGGAUAACUACACACUGACCGGAGCCUCCAAAAGUAUACUAGCCUCGCGGGUAUCUUACGUCUACGAUCUCCGCGGACCGGCAGCUGUCGUCGACUCUGCAUGUUCCUCAGCUCUAAUGGCCAUCCACUUUGCAUCCCAAGCUAUCCGAUCAGGUGAAUGCGAUCUUGCCAUAGCCGGUGGAGUCAAUGCCAUUAUGGUGCACAACACAAUGAUCUCCCUCAGCAAAGCAGGGAUGAUUUCACGUUCCGGACAAUGCCAAACAUUCUCAGAAGAUGCCGACGGCUAUGCACGUGGGGAAGGCUGUGGGAUUGUGAUACUGAAGAAAUUAACUGAUGCUGAGAAGAGCAAGGAUAAAAUAUAUGCCACGAUCGUCACUGGAACGAAUCAAGACGGCCACAUGGCACAGCCCAUCACAGCGCCAUCUGGUGAUCAACAAGGGCAACUACUAGAGGACAUGUACAGUCUACAUCUUAUUAACAAAUGCACUGUACAAUACAUAGAAGCGCACGGCACAGGUACCCCUGUAGGAGAUCCCAUAGAGGCGAACUGCCUCGGUGGAUUUUUCGGACAAGAUGGCAAGUCCCGACAUAUUGGUUCAGUGAAAACAAACAUUGGACAUCUGGAGUCAGCGGCAGGAGCGGCGGGGCUCAUUAAAGUACUGCUCAUGAUGAAGCACGAGACCAUAGUGCCAUCACUGUUCAGCUCAAAGCUCAACCCAGAGAUUGACUUUGAAAAGUACCACCUCAAAGUGCCCACCGAUUGCGUCCCGUGGGAAGAGCUGCCCUCUGGAGGUAGGGCAGCUGGUGUUAACUCUUUUGGGUUUGGGGGGUCCAACUGCCACGCUUACGUCAAGCAGUAUGUGAAAACUGAUCCACCAGUACCGCCUAAACCACAGAAAAAUGGGUACAGAAUGAUUGCUGUGUCAUCUAGAAGUUCGUCUGGUUUGAAGGCCAAUAUCCUCCACCUGAAAGACGCGGCUGAAAAAAAUCCCCUAGACAUGGAUGCUCUGUCCUUCACGUCAACAUGUCGACGAGAUCAUCACGAAUACCGUUUGGCUUUUCAUGCCAGAGACCAGCAGGAGUUGAUAGCUAAUCUAGAAAAAAAGCGUCUCUUUGAAGUGUCUCAACCAGCCAAAAAACUGCGUGUCAUUUAUGUGUUCUGUGGAAUGGGGACUGCUUGGAAGGGAAUGUGCAUUGAUCUCUUGGAUAAAGAACAGGUUUUCAGGGACCAGUUAGAAAAAAUUGACGAAUUACUGGAAAAAUUCAACUCUGUUUCUGUGAUAAAUGAACUCAGAAACCAAAGCAAUAUACACGACCCUGCUGUUGAGCCCCUGGUGCUUUUCGCUUGCCAGGUGGGACUGACGGCCGUGUGGCGCCACUGGGGGGUGGAGGCUGAUGCUGUGAUUGGUCAGUCUGUAGGGGAAGUGGCUGCUGCCCACGCCGCCGGGAUUCUGUCCCUCAGGUCGGCAGUAGAUGUGAUCUACCACAGGACUCAGCUCCUCUUACAAUCAGUUGGAGGCAAAAUGCUGGUAAUAAUAAACUACCCUGAGGAAAAAGUCGAAGAAAUUUGCAACGAACAAGGCGGUCGUGUUAGGGUCGCAGUUUACAACAGUCCUACGAGUUGUACCAUUUCUGGUGACGAUGAAGCCGUUGAUAGGGUCAAGGAACAAAUAAGCGCAUUAGGUGUCCCCAACAUAGAGUUCAGAGAUGUCAGUGUCAAAAAAGCAUACCAUUCGCACAUACAAAAACCCAUUGUCCAAACGUUGGUGGAGAAAUUAGAUGGCUUAAAGACCAAACAACCAAAAACAGACAUUUUUUCCACCGUUACUGGUGCUCUGGCUUCUAGGGACGAUUUUAGAACAAGAAAAUACUGGGCAAGAAACGUUACAGACCCUGUCAUGUUUUACCAAGGGAUACGAAGCACAGUUCACGAGGAUAAAAUCAACAUAUUUCUUGAAGUUGGACCUCGCCCCGUCCUCAGUGUUCACUUUGAUAAUAUAUUCAGCACCAUUCGACGAAAUGUCGUGUCCAUAACAGAUGGUAAAACAGGUAUCACCACCUUACUGGAAGGUUUAGGUAAAUUAUACUCGCUUGGCAUUAACAUACAGUGGUCAAAAGUUGUACAUCAGACUGUUACCCAGCUCACCGUGGAACCAACUUAUCAGUUUCAGAGAAUUAAAGGGCUUUUUGAACCAGAGUCAUCCAGGAUAAUAAGACAGGGAAUAGAAAUAACAAAUGGAAAACAUCCCUUUGUUACGCGUGUGUCGGGAAAUCUACCAACGUUUGAAAUCCAGAUAAAUGAAAAAGACACUCCUUUUGUUUAUGGCCAUACAGUUGCUGGCGCACCACUUCUUCCAGGCUCUUUCUUUGUUGAAACUGCCUUUGCCUGCGCAAGGGAAAUAUUUGAAACCAAUACACAAGAAAUGCGUGUGUCAGUUCGCUUGCUCAAGCCUGUUGUCGUCUCGGAGGAUCAAGCUCGAAAACUGACCUUGGUCACCGAUGCUCACUCGUCACAAAGCGCAAGUUUCAGGGUUUUUUACAAGGCCUCUGUGUACGCGUUUGCUGAAGUGGAGAAAACGCAAAUCUCAUCUGACACAGAACCCUGUGACAUAGCUGCUGUCCGUUUGCGGUGUGACUUUUCGAUGGAGAAAAAUGAUAUAUAUGGUACGUUAAAGAAGUUCGGAUUUCAGUAUGAUGAGCCCCUACAACUCCUUACUAAGUGUGAGGCUAAUUCAGAGGAAUGUCUGGCCUGGUUGGAAAUCAGCGAUCUUGUUAAAAGUCAGAUGGGAAAGACGCAUAUACACCCUUCAGUUCUAGAUGCCAUCAUGCAGUCAACUUGUGCACUUUACUCCAGUACCAAGCUUGAAAUGGGAGACCGUAUGCCAUCCAUUUUGGGUGAAGUGAAAAUGUACAGGAACCAGACAGAGGCAUCAAUGUGCUACUGCUGCCUGACCAGCCAAUCCUCUGGUGUAUCUCAUUUCAGAGUCCUUUUGCUCACAGCAUCUGGACAGGUCGUGGCAGAAAUGAAUGACUUUGCUAUUAAGACUCUGGGUGUGGAUCAGGUCAGUGCAGAAGACGUGGAGUACUGUUUGCAGUGGUUGCCAUUGCCAACCACUGUGGUAAGUGAAACCAACAAUCAGAACAUACUUUUAUUGUAUGUCGGUGCUGAGCCUGUAGAAAUGAUCAAAUGCAUUGGCACAGUAAAUACCAUGAUACCGAUACAGAUGCGGAAAGAUCUGGGCUUGUAUAACUUACUACCUCGGUCAGGACAAAGACUUAGUAUUAAGGAUUUAUCAGGCAUUGUUUUUGUUUUAACACCCUCUUCUACCACGGUUGAAGAGCUCACACUAACAGACUUCACCGAAUCUUUUAUUUAUCUAAAGGAGCUUUUAUGUCAGCUUGUACAAGACCAUAUCCACCUAGCAGUCACUGUGGUCACCUUGAACACACAAGCACCACCUAUACCUUCUCAGGCGACUCAACUUGAGGGUUCUCAUCUUUGGGGAAUGAUGAGAAGUUUUGCCCGCGAGGACGAAAGGAGAGUACAGUUGAUAGAUCUGUCUGAUCAGAGUCAAGUAACAAAUGACAUUCUACGUAACUGCAUUAGUCUCUUCAACGUAGAAAAAGCAGUCAACACCCACUUCAGGGAAAUCCUCAUCAAUGAGGGUAAGGUGUAUAAACUGGCGGUGAGAUCCUCUAGGCGUGUAAUGCCUAUCCGCUACAAAAGCGCCAGUCCCGAGAACAUUCAGGAGCCUUUACGUGUCAUGGCACACAGAACGAUCGCACAAAGACCGUCCGACGUCUGGCUGGAGCACACACCUCAGGAUUUUCAACCAAAGUCAGAGAAAGGUCAUGUCCUUGUGCAGGUCAGAAAUGUGGUCACGUUAAGAGAUAUUCCUGUGUUGAAUCAAGAAGGGAGGAAGUUUUUUAUAGAUGGCAGCCAAGCACAGCACUCACUUAGAUGUGUAGAAGCGACAGGCUCUCUGGCAGAUGACAAAGAGGUCUUGGUUUUCUAUCCAACCACCGCAGCUACAGUUAUAUCUGUGCCAGAAGAGUGCAUUAUUCCCAGUCAACACAUGGAAGAAUAUAAGCCUGGUUUGCUCACAUGUUUUGCGCUGAUGAAUAGCCUCACACAGCCACUUCUACCUGAUUCGCAUGUAGCUGUGGUCACCCAAGUGCACUUUAACUGCUUUGCUCAGUUGGUGGAUGCUAUCCUGAAGUAUAACGGCUGUAAGCACGUAGAAGUGUAUGAACAAAAUGUACAGAUGAACAUUCCACAGGACACAACACAUGUUGUCUUAUUUUCAGACUGCCCAGAUGAAUUGUCAUUUUCUCUUGAACAUAAUGUUGAUGUCAUUGAAGGCUUUGGAGUGGAGACGACCAUGCUGUAUAGGCGUUGGGCCAAAGGUGUUUUGCCAAAACACCACACUCUAUGUCAACUGCACACGUCCUUAAGGCACUUAUCAGAGAUGCUGUCUAAUCCAAACAUUAAACAAGUCCUCUGUACCUUUACCGAAAGAAAUCUGCAGCUGUUCUUUUCGAACGUGAUUAACAUAGCGGAAGAUGAAACUCUCUGUGUACGCAUCACUGGAGAGACGCUGUUUAGAAAGAAUUCAGCUUAUGUUGUGGUGGGUGGCUUGUCUGGAUUGGGCUGGCUGAUUGUCCAGUUUAUCGCAGAAAUGGGUGGUGGUCUGGUCGCCAUUAUGUCACGGCGACAAUCACCUGACACCGAGGAUAAGGAAAAGAUUCGAGAACUAAGCCGGCAGACUGGAGCAAAUAUUGAAUUUCUACAAGCAGACGUGUGUAACUUGAAUUCCCUUGAAAACGCUUUCAUGAUCCUAAAGACGAAGUACCCUGAUUACCCUGUCAAGGGAAUAUUUCAAGGUGCUGGUGUACUGAAGGAUUCCCUAUUAAUCAAUGUCACAGCUGAAGAUUUUGAAGAAGUGUCGUCUCCUAAAGUCAUGGGCUCUCUGAACCUUCAUAAUUUGAGUAUUAAACUAUGCAUGACGUUGGAGUAUUUCGUGUUGCAGUCGUCUGUCUCAUCUGUGUUCGGAAGCUACGGUCAGACGAGCUAUGGUGCAGCCAACAGUGUUCUGGACACACUCGCACACUACCGCCGUCAGAAAGGUUUGCCAGGACAGUCUCUGAAUUGGGGUCCUCUUUGUGUGGGUAUGGCGGUGCAGGAUGAAGCUGUUGUCAAAAACUUGAAAGACGCUGGAUUUGAAUUAAUGGAAAAAGAAACAAUUCGCCAGUGUUUCACUACCGCUUUGCUUUCUAAAACUACCCAAGUGUGUUUUACUGAAUUCCAGAAAGAAAGAAAUAAAGCCAGUCUUUUUGGGGCCGACGAUGUACGAAAAGCGCUCGAGGAAUCUGAAAAAUAUAACGCGAAUAUCAACACAGCUACGGACGAGGUGGAUUUAUCUUUCAUUCAAAAUUUGGAUUCAAAAGACAGGAAAGAUGUAGUGUUGACAUACGUAAAACACACUGUUCAGAAACAUCUAGCAUUUUCAACUGAAAUAUUAAAAUCUUCAUCAAAUCUUUCUAGCCAGGGAUUGAAUUCCAUGACGGCGACAGCUAUAGCUAAUGUGAUGAAAGCAGACACAGGAAUACAUAUUCCUGCUACUCGUUUGAUUUCAGAAGACAUAACUUUGGAACAACUAGCAUCUGAAAUAGAGAACAAUUUGAUGACUAAGGGAAUGGUGAAACAAUCUAUGGACACUAGUGCAGAGAGAGUAUUCGCCAAGCUGCCCAAGAAUAUUUCUCCGUUACAGUUAUUUGUUUACAGAAAUCAUGAAAAAAAUUACAACAACAAUGAUGUCUUACUCGUGACGGAAUUGACAUUGCCAGUUCCUUUACCUGCCCUUGAAUCUGCUCUGGUUAACGUCGUGCAGAGGCACCAGUCGUUGAGAACAGUUUAUACACACGAAAAUGGUUUAAAGUCUGAGGUGUUGACAACAUUUGAUGUACCAAAGGUCAUUCCUUUGAAAGCCGAAGACACUGAUGAAGAGUGGAAAGAAAUCAAAAGUGUUUUCAAACUACCCUUCAACCUGAGUGAAGAGUUACCACUGAGAAUUUUCCACUCUAACGAGUCCCAGCAUCGCUUCUGGUUUUUCUUUCACCCGAUCACGUUUGAUCAAAAAGCAGUAAACAUUUUUUUUAAGGAACUAAAAGAUGCACUGCUGGGAAAGGAAUUACCGCAUCCGGUUAGUGUGAACAUUGCACAGCUUACGUUCAAUGUUUUAACUUCGCAGUUUGACAAACUUGAACUUUUCUGGAAGAGUUCGCUCAACGAAACCAGUUAUCUGCCGCUGAUCUCUCUCUCUUCGACUCCACAGAUAUACCAUGACCUGUCUGCCGUGGAGGAAUCCGUUCGAAUAAAAGUUGAUCGUGAUAUCGUGAAAAACGUUAUCACCACAACAUUGAAUAUGGGUAUUUCCAUGUUUGAAUUUCUGGUGAGCGUAUCACAGCUACUGUGGCAUUUGUUGACAGGAGAAGAUAAAAUAGGACUUCUGAUAGAUGUUGACACACGCCAGCAUGUCCCGGCCCUGAUGAAUGUUAUUACUCACUGCGUUAACUACCUACCUGUUAUUGGCUCCUUUGACAAAGACAUUACAAUUAGGAGUUUCCUACAGAGCAACUCAGCUGAGGUGAGACGGUGUGUGGAGCAUGGCCUCUAUCCCGGGUUUUUGGUGCUGGAGAACACGUCAGAGGUGACGGCAGCCAACCUCUGUAGACAUAACAUCGUCAUGGAAGACAUCACUGACCAGUUAGGCCUGGGAGGAAAUGAUGAUAUAGUCAUCGGAAAAGCCGGACCUAUGGGUACCCACCACGAGACACGGCUUCUACUAUGGGCCUGCGAGAAGAACAACACUCUUGAAGUACAGCUUGACUAUCACCCUGGUCUUGUCACUGAGGCCACGGCUAAGUCCUUUUUGUCAGAUUUCAUCGGAGUCAUGAAAUCCAUUGUACAAAACCAGGAAGUUUUUCUAAGUGAUUACCGUUCAUCAGGACCUACCCUCUCGCUCAAAGAUGCAAAUCAACUAACAGGACCUUCUCCCACCAAGCAAAAGAAGCUACACAGGUAUUAAUGACUUUCUUCCUACCACACCGAGCAAUGCAGAUAACGGCUUUUUUACUCAGUGUUUGGAACGGCAAAGGAUGACAUCUUAUAACAACAUCGUACUAUGGAAAUUCCAACGCCAAUGUGUAAAUAUCAUUUCUAAAGCAAUGGGGGUAUUUUGUAAUGCAAGAAACAGUAAACAGAUGCGCCAAGGUUAACCCGGUCGGUUCUGCUAAUCUGGUAGCAGUCAGCAAUAUACAUGUGUUGUAACUGUCAUAUUAUGUUUCCCCAGGGAAUCGUCCAAAAAUCCUUAACUACAUGGACGUAGUAAAAAGACUAACUAAAUGUUUUCCUAAGACCUUUGCACAGUAUUAAAACUGCAACCAUUGGUGAGGUCGUAAUCAUCGGAGUAACGAUUUUACUUGUGUAUGGUGCUUAUAACAGGCCGUCGUUUAACAUAAUUUGUUCAAAGUUGCUUUUUAAGAGUCUGUUUUCGUGCAUUAUGACUCUAUGAUAUAUAUAUUUACACCUGAUUGACUACCAUUCAUAUAUAAAUGUGUAGUUUUCAAAUGUUUAUUUAAUUUCAUGUAGGAUUGUUUAUUUUAUUAACGGUUUAGUUAUUGUUUAUGUCAUCAUUUGAGACUGAUUCUACCAGUACAUAGUAUAUCAGUAACGUAAGACCAUAUCCAGCUUAACGCAUGAGAUCGACUUAUGAUGAGUAAAAACAGCAAGAAUAUAUCAUCAUAUCAAUAGCAUGUACUUGUCAUUGUUUUUACUGAAAUAUGUUUCUGUAUGGUGAUCGUGAAAUGUCAAGAUUGCGUUGGUUGUAAUUUCUUUUCGCACACAUUAUAUAUAUUAUACCUUGAACAUUGAUGUAAUAUUAUACGUUACAUAUGGUGACCUUAUGUGUUGUCUCGGUGUUAAUAUAAUGUGCCUGUGACAUUAUGUAACAUAAGCUGUGCACUAGCUAUAGUCCUUAAAACGGUACUACCGAGACGUAGUGACAUUCGAAAUCCAUGUAAUAUGUAAACAUGUAUUUUAAUAGUAACGCUUAUUUUAGUAUUAUUGAUUUAAUAAUUCACGUCGUCUGAACAGACGGCAUAUUGAAGCUGUAGGCAUAUAAAGGAUUUUGUCUUACAUUACAGCUUAUAUAUCUUAUAUUUGUUGUUUUACAUGGUAUGUAAGAUUGCUGUAGCAAAAUUAAA